AUGGGAUUUCAAGGAUCAUCUACUACUACUGUCUCAGAAGUAAAAAAUAAAGCUACAGCUGUGAAUGACGAAUUGCCUCCUCUCAGAGAGCAAAUUAUUUGGAAAAAUGUUCUUAGGUUUGGGUUCUUCCAUGUCCUUUACAUCAAAGGCUUGACUCUUCUACCUUACGUAAAAGGAUGGUCAAUAGUUUGGAUUUUUGUUCUUCAUUUUUUCGGAUCGCUUGGCAUAACAGCUGGCGUGCAUCGCCUAUGGAGUCAUAGGUCAUACAAAGCAUCGACUGCAAUGCGUAUAUUUCUUAUGUUGUGCAAUUCCAUGACAUACGAAAAUAGCAUAUUACAUUGGGCCAGAGAUCAUAGAGUUCAUCAUAAAUUUACUGAUACUAAUGCUGACCCCCACAGCGCUGGUCGAGGAUUUUUCUUCAGUCAUAUCGGCUGGUUAUUGGUAAAGAAGAACCAUAGAACUAAGGAAGAAGGAGAUAAAAUCAAUUAUGAUGAUUUAUAUCAAGAUAAGGUCGUUAUGUUUCAGUACAGGUACUAUGGACUUACAGUGUUGGUGUGCUGGCUCUUAUUUCCUCUAUUAGUUCCGAUGCUAGCUUGGCAAGAAACCUUCAUGAAUUCCCUCUUUGUAUGCGUAUUUUUACGUCAUGGAAUGAUUCUUCAUGCUACAUACUGCAUUAAUAGCUUCUCGCAUUUCUUUGGAAUGAAACCUUACGAUCGCCACAUGAAACCUACAGAAAAUCAUCUUACUAACUUUGUUAUAGCUGGUGAAGGUUUUCACAACUAUCAUCAUUCGUUUCCGUAUGACUAUUCCGCUAGCGAAUUUCGCAUAUUUAAUGUUUCAACAUUAUUCAUCGAUUUUUGCGCUUUCCUCGGUCUAGCUAGUCAUAGACGUAGAGUGUCACCAGAAGCGAUUAAGAGAAGGAUACAAAGGACUGGAGACGGUUCUCACAAAGGCUAA